AUGGUAGAUAUGAUCAUCGCGUAUACUGGAAAGGCCCUGCAAAUAAAGGAAAUGGAUGUAAACAAGAGAGGGGCUUUUAAGCAUACUGUUGAAAUGCAGUCAACCGAGUUUGACCAUCUCAAAAUCCUUGUAUUUGCUUACAAGGAUGUUGAUGUUUCAUGUCUUGAUGAAAAUGACUUGACCUUAGUAGGAAUAGUUGGCUUGAAAAACACAUGCUGCACAAAGACAAUAGAUGCAAUUAGUGCUUGUCAAAAAGCUGGAGUAAAAAUCAUACUUGCUUCAGAAGAUGAUGUUUCAGUUCUGGAAAACAUGGCUCACAAGUGUGGAUUAAUAAUGCUUCCCAUCUCAGACAAACUGGUGCUUGAAGGUAAAGAUAUUCGAAAUCUUACUGAAAAAAAGAGAAUGGAUUUAGUGGAUAAAAUCAGUGUAAUGGGAAACUCUCAUCCGUCUGAUAGGCUCCUCCUUGUUCAGUGUUUGAAUAAGAAAGGAAAUGUGGUAGCAGUGGUUGGAAACAGAACAACUGCAAGUGCUAUGCUAAAAGAAGCUGAUGUUGGGGUGGCAAUGGGGAUUUCGAGCAGUGAAAUGGCAAGAGAGAGUUCCGACAUCAUUGUUCGAAAUGGAAAUUUCAGUUUAUUACCGAGCCUUAUUAGUCACGGAAGAUGUACUUACAACAACAUUCUUAAGUACAUCCAACUUGAGCUCACAAUGAUCGUAUCAGGGACAUUGAUUUCCUUCAUCACCAUCGUGUCUUUGGUAGAUGUUCCAAUUGCGGCGAUUCAAUUGAUCUUGGCAAACUUCAUUGUGAACCUUGUAGGUGGAUUUGCUUUACUGUCAGAACCACCCACAGAUGAACUGAUGAACAAUCCUCCAAUAAGCCCAACUGAAACCUUCUCCCAAAAUCCAUGUAUUCAACCUAUUGAAGUCAAGGUAGCCAGAGAAGAAAAACGUGUUCAAAGGGCUUCACCGAAAUCCAUGCUUUUCUGUGGUUGUGCUGAUCAUCCUAACCCUACAGUGCCAAUCGAUACAACUGUGAAAUUGACAACAAGCUUUAUCAAGUUUCAUACACUUUUCCCUCAGACUGGAUCUACAAGCUUUUCAUCCUCUAUUCUUGCAGAUUCAGAAUCAUCAGUUUCUAGUAUUCUAGAGCUAUCACAGCAGGGGAAAACUCCGAAUCAACUUUAG